CCCGUAUCCGCCGAUAUCAUAUACCCUUCGACCUGACACGAUUCUGGCAGAUAUCGCUAACUUAUACCCGCCCACGUUCGCUGCCUGCUCUCCACUAUUGUAGCAUCUGAUUCUAGGCUUCGACUUUGCACCUUGCUCUCCGCUUUGACCCCUGCUGUCGCUCGUUCCGCUCUGUUUUGCCUGACUUCUAUCCGUUAUGUCUACAGCGACUGUAACGACGACGACUACUACCGUCAGGUCACCAAGUCCGCCUCGACACCGGCGGCAUAUGUCCAUGGCGGCCCCAUCGCAUCGGCCAAAGUCCAAGUUGCUCUGCCAAACCUUUCCGCACUCGAUCGAGGCGCUCGACCUUCCGACCUCCGCGACUCUCGUUCCGACGCUUGCCUCCGUGCGUCUUGUGGUCCUUGACUACCUCGCCGACCUCGAGAAGCGUCUGGCAGAAUGUGAGCUGCUUUCGCCAGCGGAGAAGGGUGCGGCAGAGUGGGCGCAGACGGGGAUGGAGAUGCUGGAGAAGAUCCGAGCGGAUGUGUCGACGUUCCUCCCCGACCUGGACUAUGUCGGCCUUCCGUCGCUGGAAGGGAUGCGCUCAAGACUGGAGGACGUCCGCACGCACCUGCCCGACAUGCCGCACCUGCCCGACAUGCCUGACGUCCGAGCACACCUGCCUGACAUGCCCGACGUGCCCUCGUUCGCGCUCGCCGACCUCCGCGCUCGGCUCUCCGACUUUAACUUCAGUGCGCAUCGCCCGCUCAGCUACAUCCCGCGCCUCUCGUCCCACCUCGAGUCCCUCCAUUCGCACCUUGCGUCCGCCUCGUCCACUGUUCCCCUGUCCACGACUGUGCUCGACAUGCUUGCCCACCUGUCCAGCACGGUCAUCCCCGAGCUCAUGGAGAAGGGGAAGACCAGGAUCGACGAGACGGAGGAUGCUGUCGGGCGCGCGGCGCGGGAGAUCAAGGAUGCUAUCAAGCGCUCGUUUGACGGGAGCAAGCUCAUCCAGUACGCGGACUUGCCCCAUCAAUGGCGGAACAAUGAGUUUGUGCGUGGCGGAUAUCGAUUUAUUCCACUAGAACGAUGGCCGCUAAUCAUCCUCUCCCUCUUCAUGCUGCACAACGAAACCCUCAACAUCCACACGCACCUCAUCCCCUUCCUCGUCUGGCUCCCCUCCCUCCUCCGCUCGCUCCCGCACCUCCUCCUCUCCUCCGCCUCGACGCUCGCCCACACAUCCUCGCUCUCCAACCACCCAACCAUGGACGCGCCCGAACUUGCCUUUACCGCGUUUGCACUGUUCUGCCUGUUCUGCAGCGCUGUCUGGCACACGAUGAGCGGAUGUGCACACGCACGCGGGAUGGAGCUCUGUGCCCGGGUCGAUUACGUCGGCAUCGGGUGGCUGAUCUCCGCGUCCGUCGGGACGGUCGUGUACUACGGCUUCCGCGCGCACCCGGCUUGCUCGACGUUUUUCCUCGCGUUCUCGUUCGUGAUGGGUGUAGUGGGCAGCGUGCUGCCCUUCCAGGCGUGGUUCAACGACCGCGCAUACAAGAACUACCGCAUCGCGUUCUUCCUCGCGCUCGCGUUCAGCGCCGUCGCGCCGCUCGCGGGGCUCGCGUGGAUAUAUUCUCCUCCCGCGAUGCUCAAGUUUAUCGCACCGGUGUUCCCGUCGAUUGCGUCGUACCUCGCCGGCCUGGUCUUCUACGCGACGCACGUCCCCGAGUGCUUCCUCGCCCCCGACUCCCGCCUGGGCAACUGGCUGGACAGGGUCGGCGGCGGGUCACAUGCGAUCUGGCAUGUAUUCAUCGUGCUCGCGAUCUGGCUCCAUCGUCAAGCAAUGGAUGUGCUGAGGGUGGGCGUGGAGAGGGUGAUGUGAUUGGUGGGAGGAUGGUGAGUGGAGUUCGCUGUAUAGGGUUCUUGUGGAGAUACGUCGGAGGACGUAAGGUUCUUGAUAGAGAUAUGUUAGUGCUGGUAUAGUGCUAGAGCGGUUAAUUGAAGUGGUGGUAUCUUGAAGAUGAAUGUGUAGCUUGAUGACCC